CCUGCAGCAGCCUCCAUCAAGGUGUGCCAUGCCAUGGCCGCGGUGACUCGCUGGCAGCUGUGGACAUGCGCGAUAUUUGCUAUCAUCGGAGUGAUGGCAAUCAUGCCUUCAGAAGGUCUUUCCAAAUUUGUUGGUCUCGUAUAUGCGGAAAGCAAGCUUGCUCACGGCGAUGUGGGCUUAAGCACAUCUACCACUGCCACUGCUUCCACUACCGCCGCAACUAACACUAUGACUACUUCCAGCAGAACCAUUACAUCCACUGCCACUUCUGCCGCUACCACCGCAACCACAACCAUCACUAUUAUCACCACUCACACUACAACCAUCACCUCCGCCACUGCUGCCACUACUAGCUUGCAAGCAGCCCAUGUGUCAUCAACUUUGGGUACCACAACAACAAAGCAGUCCAUCCGCUAUCCCAGCUGGUUUCAACCCUCAGCAUGCAAUGCUGCCGAGGGCAUGCUUGUUGCCACUGGUAACGCCACUGGCAACGCCACUGGUAACGCAGACAAUCCAGACAAUCGGUCUGGCACGCUGCCCUAUUAUUGGAACAAACACAUUCUUAUGAUCGGGGAUUCGCGAAUGCGCUACCAGUAUUUGUCACUGGCGUAUUUCUUUACCCAUGACAAGUUUGGCGAUGUCGCCGAAGUGCCCUGGCUGUGCAACGAGAAGUUAAUGGGGAGUGGGACAGGCAGCAAGUGGAAUCGCUUCUUCUCGCAGACGAGCCAGAUUGUAGAGCACGAGCUUUGCAAUUGCCAUCGGGGCGAUACAUUCAAUCCUAAACUCGCGCUCGAGGGACGAUACUACCGCAACCCUUCAAAGAACUUGGCCAUCACUUAUUAUCCGCGGUAUGCCGACGGAGCUCCUAUUCAGGGGCACUGGUUGACCAACGGUACCAAUGUGGCCGCCUGCAGCUUUCAGUGUCACCCAAAUCGAUGUAGCCUUUCCACGGUCCCGGCCACUUGGCAGGCGUGGACUUCCGCGCAGCUCGCCGAGCACAUCGCAGGUCUGCGGCCUGACUAUGUCGUUUUCAGCCCCGGCUGGGAGGAGUUCGCUGCCAAAUGGACAGCUGCUGACUUGGUCCAGCUUUCUCAGCAGAUUGCAAAUCAUUCAUGUCCAGCCAGGUUGUUCUACAAAUCGCGCAGUCGCAGACAGCAGGACAAUCCUAAGGCCUGGCUUGCAAAUCAGAACGCUCGCACCAAGGAGCUGAUGGAAACGCCCGGUUUUGCGAAGCAAUGGAACAUCUUUGAUGUCUCUAACAUUACCGCUGAGUGGGCGACGGCCAAGCAAAUGAUGUGGGAUGAAUAUCACUACACCUUGCCCGCCAACAAUGUAUUGAAUCGGAUGCUAAUUCACAGCUUGUUCGGCCUCCAAGUUUAGCUUUGUCUUAGCCGCGAGGCUUGAUGCAUGAAAGAAAAAUAGGA